CUUCAUGUGAUGAUUUUCUAUGUGCACAAGUUACUGUCAGCUAUGGAAGAACAACUUUGUGCUGGUGACCUGGACUCAUGUUUAAUGGAUAUCGUUGAUGUGUGUACUAUGGACUUAUUUGGUAAUGCAGCUGAAGAGAAAAAUGUGUCUGGCAUUACCAAAGAUGUACCAGAAGCCCGCAUUAAUUCUUUCGAUUUCAAAUCCACUCAUUAUAUUUGCUCUGAAUUCGAUCACAAUUACAAGCGGCUACUAACAGCUUAUCUUCGAUUCUUCUUGCUAUUAUGUGACUUCUUUGUAACAACAGUUUAG